AUGAGUGAUGAUGAAAUGAAAGCCUUCUUGAAGCGCGACAGGAGGCCCCGGGUUAGGAUCUCCGUUGAGGGAUACGACACAUCGCUUCCUAAGGAAGAUAUCAACAAGGCGUUGGUUAAUAUCUUCAGUUCAUGUUGCGAAAUCAUUAAUGUGAGGAUUCCCAUAGACCCUGAAACCAGUCUUGUCGAAAGACGUGCUUUUAUUCUCCUUCGCGGAGAUGACGCAGAAGACAAGGCUUUGCAACUUAACGGAAGUGACGUGGGGGGAUGGAAGGUCCUUGUUCAGGUUACACCGGAAGAAGACGAGGAGACUCUUCGUUAUGCAACCGCUCUGGAUGAUGACUUGAUGAAUGACCGAAGAUUUUGGUUUGGCGUUGACGUUAGAGGAUAUGACACUUCGCUUCCUGACGAUGAUGUCAAGAGCACUUUGAUACAACAUUUUUCUUCUUGCGGAGACAUCACAAUUGUUCUUCUGGGUAUCGUGGACAGAUGUGCUAAAAUUUAUUUUUCCCAACAAGACGCAGAAGGUAAGGCGCUGAAACUUAAUGGAAGUGAAGUGGGAGGAAGGAAAAUAACUGUUCGCCUUGUAGCGACAGUGGUUAACAACCCUCCUCCCUUUGCGUUCGAUAGUGAGCGUCAGAUGAUCGGCUAUUCUUGUCCAGAAAUCUCCGGAGCCGAAGGACUGAGACAACCUUUAAUGGCGAUUACUAAGAAGAUGAAAGAUUCGGUCCUGUUCCUCUUUGGGCUCUUCUCUUUAUCUGUUUUGGUCUCUCAGUCGAUCGCAGGGAGAGUCAAAGCGCCAUUGUUGCAGCAGAGCAACACUAAUGGAUUGGUUUUCAGCAAAUCCUUCAAUUCGAUCUAUGAUACUUCUUUGUACGGUCGCUUGCAGCUCAACAAUGGCCUCGCUCGAACUCCACAGAUGGGAUGGAAUAGCUGGAAUUUCUUUGCUUGCAAUAUCAAUGAAACGGUCAUAAAGGAAACUGCUGAUGCUUUGGUCUCAUCUGGCUUGGCUGAUUUAGGAUACAUACAUGUCAAUAUCGAUGAUUGUUGGUCCAAUUUGAAACGGGAUUCAAAGGGUCAAUUGGUUGCUCAUCCUGAAACAUUUCCAUCAGGAAUUAAGUUUCUUGCUGAUUAUAUUCAUUCAAAGGGUCUCAAACUCGGUAUAUAUUCAGAUGCUGGCGUUUUCACCUGUCAAGCUUAUCCGGGAUCCCUUUUCCAUGAAGUGGAUGAUGCAGACAUUUUUGCUUCUUGGGGUGUGGAUUAUCUGAAAUAUGACAACUGUUUCAACCUUGGAAUCAAACCAAUCGAAAGAUACCCUCCAAUGCGUGAUGCUCUAAACGCGACCGGUCGUUCAGUCUUCUACUCGCUUUGUGAAUGGGGUGUUGAUGAUCCUGCCUUGUGGGCAAAAGAAGUUGGAAACAGUUGGCGAACAACUGAUGACAUCAAUGAUACAUGGGCAAGUAUGACUACAAUUGCUGAUUUGAAUAACAAGUGGGCUUCAUAUGCUGGACCUGGUGGUUGGAAUGAUCCGGAUAUGCUAGAAGUUGGGAAUGGAGGGAUGACUUACGAGGAGUAUCGAGGUCACUUUAGCAUUUGGGCUUUAAUGAAGGCACCACUCUUGAUUGGUUGUGAUGUAAGAAACAUGACCGCUGAAACUUUUGAGAUCUUGAGCAAUAAGGAGGUUAUCGCUGUAAACCAAGACCCACUUGGUGUUCAAGGAAGGAAGAUUCAAGUCAAUGGUGUAGAUGAUUGUCAACAGGUGUGGUCAGGGCCUUUAUCUGGUGACCGUAUGGUAGUUGCUCUCUGGAACCGUUGUUCAGAGCCUGCAACCAUCGCAGCAUCAUGGGAUAUGAUCGGUCUUGAAUCUACCCUUAGCGUCUCAGUAAGAGAUUUGUGGCAGCACAAAGAUGUUACAGACAACGCUUCUGUCUCUUUUGAAGCUCAAGUAGACGCUCACGACUGUCAUAUGUACAUUCUCACUCCCCAGACAGUAUCACACUCUGCUGUAUAG